GCGCCUUCUUAGGUCCGCGCCAGAACCUCAAAGCUGUGCGUGGUGCUUGUCCGAAAGACGGUCCUUCAUUCUUUAAUUUUCAUGAUGCUUGUUUAGACACGGGGUUUUUGCGCUGAAAAGCGCCCUCGCGUUGGAGACAGAACUUCACUCAGCUCCGUUCGCCUUAUCUCUCAUUGUGCUUCGCUCACCGCCAGAUCAUCGACGGUCUUAUGUAACAAUGUCCUCCUCUUUUCGCAUACAGCAGGCCCCAGAGCCGACGACACUGAAUAAUUCUCUGUUCUGGAAAAAGUCUGAGAUGUCUUUUCACCAAAAUCAUCAGACACACUCGAACUUAUUCCAAGUGCCUCAGACACCGUCUGCAUCUUCAUCACAAUGCUACUCUAUGCCCCUUGGUUCCGACAACCGGCCGUCCAUCUCGUUGCUUCAGGAUAGGGAACGCUUCGCGGACUUUAAGUCUUUUCGGGGCUCUCCAACCUCGAGCCCAGAAAGCUCGAUGACUAGCUCAAGCGAUGUCAUCAGCCCACCUCCUUUGGUAAAUCUGAAAUAUGACCUGGCAGGUGGUCUGGAGACUCCCUCUGGAAAAUACGGCCUCAUGACGGAGGAAGAUGCCGAAAGUAAUCAAUACGACAUCUCCUUCCGUCGGGGACGUGGAAACGCUGGACUUUUCGCUGAUCCCUACAAGGCGUCUAUGGGCGAAUACUUUCCCCCGCUCCCUUCAGCACUGGCUCAGGAGGGCAAUGGAAGGAAGCGCACCCAUUCAGAGAUCGAAGACUCCAGUGGUGGCAGCUGGGGAAGCUUUGUUUUCAACAUUGUGGGUGGUGUUGCUGGGAGAUUAUGGGAUCUAUGCGCUCGCACGAACCCUUUUCGCGGAUUCCACUCAGGUGUUGCAAGUGGCCAUUCUAUUACACGACCUCGGCAGGGUUCGAUGAGUAUGGGGGGCUCAUGGUAUUACGUUCAUGACACCGAUAUGCAGGAUGCAGGAAGCUCUUCGCCGCAACCCUUGCCCCAAACGAAAAGUCUGCAGUACGAACCGCAUCGGAAUCAUCAGCAAAGCAACACGACAGAGAGGCCAAGUAAACGUCAGCAAACUAGAAAGGCAACUGAAAAUAAUCUUUCCGCGAGCUGGGUUAUGGUGUCUUCUUCGAAUAAGGAGCCGUCAAGUAGCUACGCCUCCAUUGCUACGCCCUCGCGGAAACCUGCUUUGCAAACCGUUGAUAGCAGAGCUCGGCGACCGUCCCUUGCAAAGCUCUCCUCGAACUCGUCAUGCAGGCCGCUUUUCCCUGCCAGACGCCCCUCGUUUGUAUCACAAGCUAGCGCCCCCGCUUCUAUGUCCGCGUCUUCCGCCUCAGUUGCAUCUCCGCGCUCAUACGAUAUAUCUCAUACUGCUGGUCCGGCGCGAUCAACGCGAUCAACUUCAGGUACAAGCGCCUCUAAGCAUGCCAACAAACAUUUCCUCCCGGAGACACAACGAUAUGCGGCCAAGCGGCGAAAACAAGAAAGAGAGUUAAAUACAAGUUUUCGCAACAUGAACCGACAGCUUCGAUCCAUGAUCACUGAAGGGAAAGAAGCUUUGGCAUCCUUUCCUUAACGGCGAUAGUACCGAACUCUAUUGGACGAUUUCCCUUUUGUCUUUUUCUCCUUGGCAGUGCUUUUGCACAUCACUUUUUCUUCAUCUCUCCCAUCCACUCACGCAUGGCUUUGGCACUACUGUGCGCAGCCCGAAACACUUAGACGACCAGAUUGUAUUAGCGUUGGAUGACACGAAUUGGAUUACCACACGCAGUGUGCAGACGCCAUUGCGCUGGCCCGAAUAAUGAGGCUUAAUGACUAGACGACUUACGUUCUCUUUCUGAUUCAUCGAUACCUUGCAAGAAGUCGGCGCCCUCACCGAGAGCACCACGAGGAUUGUAUGCAUGAUCUGCAAUUUCUGCUGCACGUUUUUUGAAAGACUGUUAUCCGCACAAGUUAGUUUUUGUUAGUUUUCACUGUCACGUUGGAAAGAAAAAAAUUGAGAAAAUUCAUUUGGACACUGACCUCGGUUAAUACAUCAACAAUUUCCUCGUC